AUGGCUUAUCUGACCUUCUACAAGUAUCACGUCAGGCUCAAGGCAGAGGAGCAGAUUCAGCCUCAACCUAAGCCAAGAUUGCUGAAAUGCCACAGCAAGGACAGCCUGACGCACCUUUCAAAGCACCACAAGUCUUCUAGAGAUACAUCAUCCUAUCCCUCUGGAAGAGUGAUGCCAACUGCACAGCCUCAGCCAGCUGCCUCUUCAAGCUCAUCUACUGCUGAACGAGUGGCUGCAAUGACACCCCAUGCUCAUAUUCCUCCCAAGUUCUUUGAACCCACCAUUUUCACGUCUCAGAAAGCAGUCAUUUAUACUGCAAAUGUAUGCAACAUCAAUGGCUUCAACACUUCAGUCUCACUGCCAGCAACUUUCUCUAUUACUCGUACCAUUGGCAAAAUGCCAUCGCUUCAACAGGAGCUCACUAACGCUAUUCAAGAUGCUGCCACCAUGCUUGCAGUUCAGACACAGCCAACGGCAUGCAAUAUGCCUUCAUCAUGUGAUGUGAAUGAUGUUCUUGUCACCACCGAGUCCACUACUACACCCAUUACUGUGAAUUCCAAUGCCUCACUAUCUGUCAUCAAUGACGUUCACUCUCAGUCCAUUUUCCUGGAACCAAUCUUUGGUGCACUUCCCAUGGACAGCACUAACAUGCAUGAAAUAGAUGACAAUUCUGCUACAGAUUCUCUGCUGCCAUCUGAGGUGCCUGAGGCAGCCAUGCUAGAGGUCAGCAAGCUGUACGCUAUGCAUACUAGAGAUGAUGCUAACACAAUCUUGGCAUUUUCAGAUUGUAAACCCGCUAACUAUGGCACUCACAGCAUCCUUAGCCAUCGCAUAACAAGCCUACGUGCUCAUGAAAAGCAACAUGCAGCCUCAGGAAAGGAGUUGGCUUCUGCUGCAAGCAGCAAAGAUAGUGCCCUACUUGCCCUUGCCAAGAUCACUUCUGAAUUGCAGGCAUCCUCUGCUCAAGAAGACGUGGCCACACAUCCAACAUUGGCUUUCGAAGUCAAGCAGAAGAAUCAGAUAAAGCCAGUGAAGCUGCAUUACAAUGAGAAUUUGAACUCUGUCAGGAAUCUCUAUCUCAAAGACUACCUUGAACUCCAUCCUAAUGCAACUGAUAAGAAUGCUUUUGAAGCAUCAUUCCAAGGCCUUUCAUUCAAUGAGCUAAAGAAAUACGAAGAUCUUCGCAGCCAGGCUUCAAAGCAGAAAUGA